AUGCGCAUGCUCGCAGCGUACUACGCGCUGCUGCUGGCGAGUGUUGUCGUCUCGGCGGCGACGCCAACCUGCUCGGCGAUCAUCGAAAACACGGAUCUGCCCGGCAACGAUAUUGGCACGACCGCGCGCCCAACCGCCGACGGCUGCUGCGCCGACUGCGCAGCCACGACAGGCUGCAAGGCCUACGUGUGGGUUGCCCGCGACGGUGGUGUCUGUCUUCUCAAGAGCGACGCCGGCUUCAGCUACACGUACCCUGGUGCCCGCGCGUCGAUUCUGACGCCGCCGCUCACGGGCUCGUGCCCGUUGACAGAAGCCGACACCGACUACCCUGGCAACGACCUCGGUCGCACGAAGCGCGCGUCCAUCGAUCUCUCGCUGCCAGCCGGUGCGACGACACCGGUCUCGGCGACAUCCGGGACCGAGUGCCACAAGCUCUGCGUGCCGUCGAGCUCGGGCUGCGUCGGUGCGGCCUUUGACUCGGCCACGAAGAGCUGCGUUCUGCACCUCGCCACGUACGCGCCGUCGACGACCAUCGGGUGGGUCGUGCCAACGACGUUGCCGUCAUCGGUGGCGACACCGACCUCGGUGGAGUUUUUCAUCAACGCGCACCAGGACGACCACGAGCUCUUCAUGGCGGCCAAGCUCUACGACAGCUUUAGCAAACCGACGGCCAAGAUUGUCAUGAUUUACACCUCGGCGGGCGACGCCGGUGCGACCGACGGCUGGUGGCAGGCGCGCGAGCUCGGCACGUUGGCGUCAUCGCAAACCUUCGUCAAGCUCUUCGGCUUGUUCUCGCCCGUGCGGAAAACGUCGACCGUCACGAUCAACGGCCACGUCAUCACGAAAGUCGAUUUGGGCAACGCGAUCCACUACUUUCUGCGGCUCCCAGAAUUCGGCAUGAUCGCGCUGCCGACCAAGAUGACGUCGCCCGUCGACAAGCCGGCCGAGACGUACGCCAACAUCGCCGCACUCCGAGCGACUGUGAUCGCGCUCGUCAAGCGCGAAGCCAGCGGUCGCAGCAACGUGGUUGUCAACUCGCAGCAGUUCGCCGACGUCGACCACGUCCUCCACGCCAUGACCGGGCAGCUCGUCAGUGACGGUCUCAAGGCCGACGCGACGCUCAACAAGUGCGUGACACGUAACUUCUUUUGGGGCUACCAGCACUGGCUCGACUCGAUCAACAUGGCGGACCCGAGCUUGACCGAGCAGCGCAACAUGUGGUGGGCGCUCCACGGCGCGAUCGUCAAGCAGUACCCGGGCAGCUCGCCGUGGUACGACCACUGCCUAACGCUUGGUCGGCAGUACCUCGCAUCGACCGUCGCCGGCACGGGCGCGUGCUAG